UUAAUUUGCGUAAGAAAGCACUCUCUGCGUCUCUUGCUUUCUCCAUCCUCAUCGCCUUUCCCUCCUCCUCCACGUCUUCCCCGCGAUUCGCAUUCCCGACCGUCCCCCGCCGCCGACGCCGCCGCCGACGAAGCGCUCCGCGGGACGCAACUCGUCGGAAGCUUCACGAGCAGCAACGUAGCGCGGAACCGCGAGUACCUCGGCUCGUUCGCUCAUUCGAUUCGAGGAGCAAGGUCCACAGGGGGAGUGACAGAGAAGCCGUCGCUUCAUUUUUUUUGCUUUGCUUUUUUGUGCCGAUCCUCUUUCGUCAAUCCAAUCCAAGUCGCUAAGUCGCUGUUCCUCCGAUCGUCGGUGCAUCCGUUGGUUCGGCUGACUAGUUUCUCGCGGCGGCGUUGGCUUCUCGGAGAAGUUGACGGGAGAUUUUUUGGUUCGAGAGCGAGAGGAAAUGGGGUUGACGUCGGGGCUUUUCAUGGGGACCGUGGUCGGCGUGGCGCUGAUGUUUGGAUGGAGUUACAUGAUGCGGUAUCGCAGCACCAAGCGCAUUUCCAAGGCAAUGGAUAUUAAACUACUGGGUUCUCUUGAUCGGAAUGACUUGAAGAAGAUUUGUGGUGAUAACUUUCCUGAAUGGAUAUCUUUUCCAGCAUUUGAACAGGCUAAAUGGCUAAACAAGCAACUCAGCAAAUUGUGGCCAUUUGUUGCAGAGGCUGCAACAGCAGUGAUUAAGGAAUCUGUUGAACCAUUAUUGGAAGACUACCGACCUCCAGGAAUAACUUCACUGAAGUUCAGCAAGUUGUCUCUUGGAACUGUGGCUCCAAAAAUAGAAGGUAUCCGUGUUCAGAGUCUCAAAGAAGGUCAAAUUACUAUGGAUAUUGACUUUCGAUGGGGAGGAGAUCCCAGCAUUAUAUUAGCAGUACAAACUGCACUUGUAGCGUCAAUACCCAUUCAGUUAAAGGAUCUUCAAGUUUUCACUGUUGUUCGUGCUAUCUUCCAACUGGCUGAUGAGAUCCCGUGCAUUUCUGCUGUUGUUGCUGCCCUACUUUCUGAGCCAGAGCCGAGAAUUGACUAUACCCUGAAAGCCGUUGGUGGAAGCCUGACAGCCAUUCCUGGAAUUUCAGACAUGAUCGAUGAUACUGUGAACUCAAUUGUGACAGAUACGCUUCGAUGGCCCCACAGGAUUGUUGUUCCGCUAGGUGGUAUACCUGUAGAUACAAGUGAAUUAGAACUGAAGCCACAGGGCAAGCUUACAGUUACCGUAGUUAGAGCAAAUGAUUUGAAGAACAUGGAGAUGAUUGGGAAAUCUGACCCGUAUGCAGUUGUUUACGUCCGCCCUCUUUUCAAGGUCAAAACAAAGGUUAUUGAAGACAACCUGAAUCCAGUUUGGGAUCAAACUUUCGCUCUGAUUGCCGAAGACAAGGAGACGCAGUCACUGAUCAUUGAGGUUUUUGAUGAGGACAUUGGACAAGACAAACGGUUAGGAACUGCAAAAUUGCCCUUGAUUACGCUGGAAGCUGAAACUGUGACAGAGGUCGAUUUGAGAUUGCUUCCAUCACUUGAUAUGCUGAAAAUAAAAGACAAGAAGGACAGAGGGACUGUUACCGUCAAGGUUUUCUAUCACGAAUUCAAUAAGGAGGAACAGGUAGCAGCUCUAGAAGAAGAGAAGCAGAUCUUAGAAGCGAGAAAGAAGCUGAAAGAGGCUGGAGUCAUCGGAAGUACAAUGGAUGCACUCGAUGGAGCAGCAUCCUUGGUUGGAUCCGGGGUGGGGAUGGUUGGUACAGGCAUUGGUGCUGGAGUGGGGCUUGUUGGGAGCGGACUAGGAGCUGUUGGAAGUGGCCUAAGCAAAGCAGGGAGGUUCAUGGGACGGAGCAUUACAGGACACUCGAGCUCGAGCAAGAGGAAUGGCAGCACAACCCCAGGGAAUGAUACUCCAGAAAAUGGCGGUUCUCAGCCUCUGCAGUAACUAUGCGCCGCUACCGAAGGAUGUGAUUUCAUGUGGAGGGCAAAUUGAUGGUGAAUGGAUGGAGGGGGAGGUCUUGGUUCUCCUUUGGUAUUAGAGCUUGGUUAUGCCCGCAUAUGUGUGAUUUUAUACAUAACUGGACGAUAUGCUGCUUCACUUGCUGCUGCAGUGACUUCUAUGGUGCCUUUGUUGUCUUGUCGUGAAGCAUGUUCCCAGUUGGAGCGAUUGCUUGCUGAAUUGUCAUUGUGAUGCAGGUGUGAUUUUCACAUUUUGGGUGUGUGUGAUGUAAAAAUGUCAUUUUAUGAGAUGAUUUUCCGAACUUCUAUGUAUGUAGUUUGCUGAAAGUGGAAAAUCCGACAGA